UUGCCGUCGUUCAUUUGUCAAGCACCGGGUGUCCAUCAGGGAGCAGUGGACGGGAGGCUCAUGACGUUGCUAGAACCCAGGAACCGACUCCACGCACCACUCUCAUCUUCAUCAGCUGACCUCCAGUGCACUGUUCUUCCCUUCAGAGAAGUUGAGUUUUGAUAAAACUGUUUCUAAACAAAAUGGGAUUAGCGUCGUGUAUGUGACCUCCAAGAUAAAACCAGUUUUGUGAAGAGGACGGCAACCAGUCGACAACAGCAAGACGGCGAUGUGCAAGGUGGCGCUAUGGACCCCGCUCGUUCUCCUCAGCCUCACCCACCUGGUACCCAGCACGGGCGACCGGCACGACAGCUGCCGCCACACACCCCAGGCCCUCGAGAUCAUCGACCGACUACAGAGCACCAUCCACCCACAGAUGCCCUUCCCCCAGAGCUCGCGCAUCUCCAGCCACCUGUUCUCCCCCGUGCCCGCCAUGUGCCCCCAGCUUGCGCCCAUGAGUGACGAGAUCAACCUUCAGUCUCUGUGCCCCUGGGAGUACUAUGAGAACCAUGACGAGAACAGGUACCCUCACAACAUCAUCUACGCCAACUGCACAUGCGCGUACUGUCUCGGAAACAACUACCUGUGUCGCCCGGUCUACCACAGUAUCCCCGUUAUAAAGCAGAUAUGUCGGAACGGAGUGUUUGACUUCCACUGGGACAACGAACACAUCCCGGUUGGCUGCACGUGCUCGCAUCCUGGCCCGAGGAGGAAGAAGUGGUAUUUUCUGUGA